AUGAUCCUCCUGGGCCACAACCAUCAUACUCCUCCUACCAUCUCACUGGCUCCUCCUCUCAUCUCACUGGCCCCUCCUCCUAUCUCACUGGCUCCUCCUCCCAUCUCACUGGCUUCUCCUCCACCUCUCCUUCUCCUCCACCACCCCACCAUCACCCCACCACCCAGACCCCACCACCCAGACCCAACCACCCUGCCACCACAGUGGGUCCUCAGACCUAGCCACCCUGCCACCACAUGGGUCUUCAGACCUAGCCACCCCACCAUCACCCCACCCCACCCCACCACCCAGACCCCAACCACCCUGCCACCACAGUGGGUCCUCAGACCUAGCCAGCCCACCAUCACCCCACCCCACCCCACCACCCAGACCCCAACCACCCUGCCACCACAGUGGGUCCUCAGACCUAGCCAGCCCACCAUCACCCCACCCCACCCCACCACCCAGACCCCAACCACCCUGCCACCACAGUGGGUCCUCAGACCUAGCCAGCCCACCAUCACCCCACCCCACCCCACCACCCAGACCCCAACCACCCUGCCACCACAGUGGGUCCUCAGACCUAGCCAGCCCACCAUCACCCCACCCCACCCCACCACCCAGACCCCAACCACCCUGCCACCACAGUGGGUCCUCAGACCCAACCACCCUGCCACCACAGUGGGUCCUCAGACCUAG